GUGCUCUUUACCUCUACUCAGCCUCAUUGGGCUUCUCAGCCUCACCCGGCAGACAUGGCACCGCGACAGACUAGCUUUGAGCAAUAUGGCAACAUUGAUGGUUCCGACAUAGUCCUCGGUAAUCAGUCGCUCCACGCUGAGCAGAUCAACUUUGGCACAGGUUCAGACAACUCCUAUAACGAAAUGAUGCAGCAGUUUGGCCAAUUCAACAAUGAUGGGUUUAGAUACCAAGUCGAGUGCCCACAUGGCCAGACUCUUGGGUGGUCUGAGAGCCAUCCUGAUAUCAAGAGUUGGUUGAGCGACUCAUCCAGCCUGGUCUGGAUUGUGGGCAACCCUGGGGCUGGCAAGACAGUUCUCGCCAAACACUUGCUCACCACCCUUGAGGACAAGAACAAGCGGACGAUAUACUUCUUCUGCGAUCGCAGGAAGAAAGAAACUUCCCAAGUAGUCUCCAUCCUGACCAGCUUGAUCCAUCAGUGCAUGCUGCAAAUUUCGCGUCUCGGAUGGGGGCAUUGCAAGCCAGAGUACGAGACGCGGGGCCCAAAACUGCUAGAAUCUACUUGGGGGCUAAGCAAUAUAUUCAUCAACAUGAUGUCUGAUCCUGGGCCGGAAGAGUGGUACUGUAUCAUCGAUGCUUUGGAUGACUGUGAUGAAACAGAGACCACGGAGCUCUUCAAAUGCCUGGUUGAGAAGCCUCAGGCAAGCACUAACAACCACUACCAGAAACCAAGGUUCUUCAUCACCAGCAGGCCCUGUGAAGCAAUCAGGUCCAAGAUUUGCAAGCUGGAGAAUGCCAAAAUUGUACACUUUACUGACACGGAUGGCAAACAACUGAAUGAGUCCGACAUCAAGCAGUACAUCGCCGACCACGUCCGGGGCUUCAGACAUUAUCGGAUGGAUGAGAACCAACGAAUGACCACUGAGGGUGACCUGGUCGAAAAGGCCGCUGGAAACUUCAGAUGGACAGUAUCGAUGAUCCAUCUGCUUAGGAAGGAGGCGCCUGACAAGUACAACGAUCUGGUGAAGAGCAUACCCGCCGAGAUGAAGACAAUGGUUGCAGAGAUCGUCGCGCGAGCUCAAACCCAGACUUUAUCCCUACUCGGACUCGUGGCCGUGGUGCAACGGCCCCUGAGCACUGCUGAACUGGCUGCUAUCACGAACCUCAAGGGAAGUCCUUUGGCAAACCUCAUCAGCUUGGGAAGCACUGGUGAUGAAGUCCGUGAUAGGAUCCGUUUGGGCGAAGAAGCAUUGAAGAUCCAAGGUGAUCGAAUCCACUUCUUUCACCCUUCGUUGAGAGACUACCUUCUCCAGACAUGGCCCGAGGACAAAUUCCAGCAGCUGCACCUGGAGGUUGCCGAAACCUGCCUGAUGUAUCUCACAAGUACUGGAGAAUCAUAUCAUCCGUUUCGUGAAAGUGAAAAGGCCAAAUGUGCCGCUAAAUACAAAGUCCUGGUCGACACUCAGCCUUUUGUCGAAUACGCGGCUGCUUUCUGGCCAGCCCAUGUUCAGCUGGUAGGAUUUAGUAGACUGCGAACGCUGUGGCCACUUCUCUUUAAAACCAUGCACGUCACUCGCUGCAGAGAGCUCUCCUUCCAAGUGUACAAGUUCUUCAAUCAUGAAGAGCAUAUCCAAAACCAAUCCUUCCUCCAUAUUCUGGCUCACCACAAUUUGACAUCCGUCACGGAACUGGCGCUCUCGGCUUCCCAGCACGGGAAAAUCGACCUCGAUCUCAAUGCUCGGGACUCAAAGCGUCGAACUCCACUGUGGUGGGCGGUUGCAAAGAAUCGCGUCGAGAUGGUCGAGCUGCUCCUGAACGACCAAGGCGUCGACUUCAAUGCCCGAGAUGAUGAAGGUAUGUCGCCGGUCAUGGUUUCCGCCUGGAAGGGAUUCACAGAUGUCACCAAGAUUUUCCUUCGGCCUGGGUUUUCAGCCAAGGUGUCGUGGAGUGAUCAACACCGGUGUACUUGUCUGUAUUGGGCUGCGACGUCUGGGUCCGAGGAUGUCGUCAGGCUCCUCUUGGAACAGAGUGAAGUCGUCGAAGGAAUAGCAAACCCCAACCUUGGUCCCAGCCCUCUUGCGACUGCGGCAAGAAAAGGCCAUGUACAGAUUGUGACGGCUUUGCUGGAGCACGGAGCUUCUCCCAAUGCUAAAGACGAUGACGAUGGUCGGGCUGCGUUGUCAUGGGCAGCGGGAAGUGGCCACGCCCCCGUGGUGGAUCAACUUCUUCGUUGCAGAGACAUUGAUCUCGCCGACACCGAUCGAAAGCGAAAAUGGACAGCAUUCCAGUGGGCAGCAGCGCAACAGAAAGCCGAAAUAGCGGGGAAAAUCCUAGAUGCGAUGGCUAAACGGUCUCAUCACGACGGGCGCGAUCUCAUCUCGGAACUUUUCCUCGAAGUGGCCGCAAAGGGACAAGAUGAGGCCCUCGGCAUCGUGCUUGAACGACAUUGCUUGAACCCCGACUGGAGGGACAGAUACAGAUCUGCCAGAAGGACGGCUUUAUUCUUGGCUGCAGAGCAUGGCCAUGCGGCCAUUGUCCGAACACUGGUGUCCUCGGGCUGGGUGGAUGUAAAUGCCAGAGACGACAAAGGCAAGACUGCUUUGAUGUGGGCAGCCGACGAAGGGCGUACGAGCGUGGUACAGGAGCUUCUCGCCUUGGAGGAAAUAGAUAUCCCGGCUGUGGAUUUAGAAGGCAGAGGUGCUAGUGACUGGGCGCAGGCGUCAAACCACAAGGAUAUCCAGCGACUCAUCGAAGAGAAGCAGUAUCAAAAGGUUCAGAGAUCCAGAAGCCGCGGCUCAAGCGGCACAGCCUAG